GCCGACUCUAAAAUGGAUCUAGUUGACGCUAGUACUAUAAAAAGCGUCUUUACGAAAAACAGCCUCUUGUUUUCGCUGCGCAUGUGAUAAAGAUUUAUCUAACCUGUUUACCUCUACAUGAACUUUUGAGAAACGGAAUAGAAUGGAAUAGGGAUUGAAGUACAGAACAUGCAAAUGUUUUGCAUGUUUAUCUUUAUGCAAUUUCUCGAUAUUAUUUUUUAAAUAAGUUAUUUGGUUAUUCUUUUUGAUCUAAUGGGUAAACCGAGAGAUAUAAGUACUGAAGAAGAAAUGAAUUUAGAUACAAGUGAUAUCCUACCACAAAAAAGACACAAAAAACAUAAACAUAAAAAGCACAAAAAGAAAAAGCUUAUGCAUGACAAUGAUGUCUUUGUUGAUAUCACAGCUGAUACUGAUCGGAAAAAAAGCUUCAGGAUAAAAAUGAAAAAAGAGGAUGAAAGAAGUUUGGAUAAACGUGAAAAAAUAUUGAAAACAUGUAGUAUGAGUAUACCUGCAAUGAAUACUACAUCUUCGCCAAAAGCAACUACAAAGAAGAAAAUUCCAAAAAGCAACAAAGGUAAAGAUAGUGGAACCAGCAGUGAAGAAGAAAGAUGGCUCGAUGCUAUUGAGUCUGGUAAACUUGAAGAGGUUGAUGAUGAACUAAAAAAAAUUAAACCAAAAGAUCCUAAACUUAUGACAGCUCGACAAAGAGCAAUGUUUGAAAGAAAAACUGAUACUGAACCAAAUUCAGGCGUGGAACAACUUAUGUCAUUACCUACUGGUUACAAGGAAAAAGUCAUGACUGCAGAAGCUAUACAGAAGGCUGCUUUGAAAUCUCUAAAGCGAAAACAACUUGCUGAUGAAAAACGAGAGAAAGAUAAAAAAAAGACGAUGGAAAGAUUACUCAAGAAACAGGAAUCUAAAGCAUCCAAAGUUAUCAGCAAGGGAAGAUUAUCUAAGCAACAAGUACCACUAGUGACAUAUCGUUUAACGAUUGAAGGAAGUUCUAUAUCUCUGCCACCUGGUGAAGACUUUCCACUUUGUCCCACUAAGGAAAAAAUUCCGCCAAAACAAAUCCUUUGUGGCGUAAAUCAAUGUGGAAAUCCAAAAAAAUAUUCAUGUUCAAAAACUGGAGUACCAUUAUGCAGUUUACAGUGUUACAAAACCAAUCUUUUUUUAAAUACAUAAAUAAAAUGUACAGUCAAUUAA